UCCAACAAGGAAUAUUAGAUGCACGAUCUUGCUGCGCAAAUCUCUCUCACUGCUCUAUCCGGCGCUGUGCGCAGCAAACGUCCGCCUCUUCCGAACUGGUACCAGGGAACUUUCCGCGCAAAAGCUGACGUUAUAUAAAGUUGACGCUCCGCAGCAUUUUAAGUGCCUAACCAAAGCCCCAAUUGCUAAUCCUUUUUACACCAAGAGCUCACAAUGAAUCUCAGCGCUUUAAUCAAGGCCGCAUUCUUCCUUACAUCGACCCUUGCAUGGUCACCUACCGAUUCUUAUGCGCCUGGCCCCAUAGCAUGCCCUGCCAAUAACGCCUCUUUGCUCAGAAAUGCCGACGGGAUUUCGAGCUCUGAGGCAUCAUGGGUCGGAGAGAGACAUAAAAACACCGAUGACGCGUUAGUGCGCUUCUUGGUAAAUGCAAAUAUGACGGACUUUGAUGCCAACAACUUCGUCCACAACACGUUGAACCGUUCUAUCAACAUCGCCGUUGCUUUCUCCGGCGGUGGCUACAGAGCCAUGUUAAACGGUGCAGGACAGCUCUCUGCUUUGGACAACCGAACCACCGGUGCUGCCGAAAACGGCUUGGGUGGUUUGAUAGAUGCCACCACCUACCUCACCGGGUUGUCCGGAGGUAACUGGAUGGUCGGGACCUUGGCCAUGAACAAUUGGACCUCUGUGCAGGAUAUCUUGGAUAACGGCACCAUCUGGGACUUGGAACACUCGAUGUUUGCACCAGGCGGAAUCAACAUCUUCAAGACUGCCAGCUAUUGGAAGGAAAUCUCCGAUGACUUGUCCGACAAGAGAGAUGCUGGCUUCAACGUGUCCUUGACCGACGCUUGGGGCCGUGCCUUGUCCCACCAAUUCUUCCUGAACUAUCCUAAUAUGGGCGCUGCGUUGACAUGGUCCACCUUGAGGGACGCGGACGUGUUUUCUAACCACUCGAUGCCGUUCCCAAUUGUAGUGACCGACGGGAGAACGCCGGGUUCCACCAUUAUCGGGUCCAAUUCCACCGUAUUUGAGGUCUCGCCCUUUGAGUUGGGCUCCUGGGAUCCCUCACUCCAUUCGUUCGUUGAUGUCAAGUACCUCGGGUCUGUUCUCGACAAUGGCCGCCCUGUCAACUCCUCCGCGUGUAUCGGUGGGUUUGACAACGCCGGGUUCAUUAUGGGAACUUCUUCCACCUUGUUCAACCAGUUCAUCUUGCAGUUGAAUACCACCGGUAUCACCGGCGGGUUAUAUGACUUGAUCCAUGACUUUUUAAGCGACGUCAGUAAGGACUCCAACGACAUUGCUGUCUACCGCCCAAACCCGUUCUACAAGUCCAGCUCUGCUGGUGAGGAGAGUAUUGUCCAGGCCGACACUUUAUACUUGGUUGACGGUGGCGAGGAUUUGCAAAACGUGCCGUUAUACCCAUUGCUUCAGCCGGAAAGAGACGUCGAUAUCAUUCUUGCUUUUGACAACUCUGCCGAUACCAAUGAGUCGUGGCCUAACGGUGCCUCCUUAGUCGCCACCUACGAGCGCCAGUUCUCCGCCCAAGGCAACGGUACCACCUUCCCGUACGUGCCGGGCCAGGACACCUUCCUUGCGUUGAACUUGACCUCCAAGCCGACUUUCUUCGGGUGCGACUCUAAGAAUUUGACCACUCUCAACGCUGAUGGUGUCAUUCCACCAUUGGUGGUUUACAUGGCCAACCGUCCAUUCAGCUACCACUCCAACACCUCCACCUACAAGAUGUCAUACAGCGAGGACGAGAAGAGAGGCGUUAUCAAUAACGGGUUCGAGGUGGCUACGCGCAACAACUUAACUUUGGAUGCUGAGUGGGCUGCGUGUCUCGGGUGCGCUAUUAUCAGAAGAGGGCAGGAGAGACAGAACAUCUCGCAGUCCGCCCAGUGUCAAAAAUGUUUCUCUGAGUACUGCUGGGAUGGCUCCCUUGUAGCCGCCGAUACCGACGUCUCCCUGUUGGUCAAUUUCACCUCCACGGGUCUUACCAGCGGUGCGGAGAAUGCCACUGGCACUAGUAAUACUACCAAUGCUGCGGGUAGUGUUAAGUUUGGCGGUAGCUCCAUGUGGCAGACCGUCAUUUAUGUUUUGGCAACCUUGGCUGUUAUUUCUUUCGCCUAAGCUAAGCGAAUCAUUUUGCGUUUGUAUGACGAACUUCGUAUACACGUAUAAUCAAAUAUUAAUAUUGACUGC